AUGGAGUUUUUGUCAUUGCGGGAAAAGGAACUUGAGUUGCGCCAAAGUAUGAUGAAAUCUAAGCGGAUGAAUUCACCAACAAUUCUGGGGGAUGUCCAGGGGGAUAUUCCAAGGACCUCAACACCUUUUUCAUCGAAUUCACGCAAGAAAGUUGAACUUUUCAACCCUCUGGUUACGAGGGGAAAUGUCGUGUCUGAUGAUGAAGAGGCACCAGUGAAUCUGGACGUGAUCGUUGACAGGUUUGCAGAGUUCCAGAAGAAACUGAUUGACGACGCAGCCCCGAAGAAGGAAGUUCUCACAAUGACAAAUGAUCAGUUCCAUUCGGCAAUUCAGGAAGCUGUGAAGGCUAAAGAAAGAGAAAUUGACACCAAACUUACUGGCUCCAAAGUGAAGCAAAAUGCCACUAAUGAUGUGGACAAACACUCAAAAACGUCAUCGGAUGUUUUGGAGGUUAUGGAGCGUUUUCUUGUACGCCAAUCUUUUGGAACAGAUGUACAAAAGUUUGAUGGGAGUGUGAAGGAAUGGCCGUUGUUCCGUGCUUGGUACGAGAACACUACCCAGACGUGUGGAUAUACGGAUGUUGAGAGACUCAACCUGCUUCAGAGGUGUCUCACUGGAGAAGCCAAAGAAACAGUCAGAUUUCUUCUCUACUCAGCAUCGAAUGUGAACAAGGCUUUGUCGUCACUGGAAGAGCGAUAUGGACAACCUGAACAUCUGAUUCGCACCAUGAUUGCACAGGUGAAGGCUUACCCACCUGUAAGAGUAGACAAGCCGGAGAGCUUGGUUGAAUUUUCCACUAUGAUGGUGAACAUGGUAGCAGCGAUUGAGGAAUUCAACCGAAUGUGCUACAUUGAUAAUCCCCAGCUGCUGGAUGAGCUUGUGCUAAAGCUCCCGAUGUCAAUGCAGAUUUCUUGGUCAGAAUUCCAGGUGACCAAGAGCUACGUGACAGUGAAAACCUUGUGUGACUGGAUUGCGGUAAAGGCCAGGGCGGCGAAUUAUCGUGUACAGGUUAGGGACUCAGCGAAAAUUGAGCAGAAACCUGUCAAAGGCAAAACCGUGGCAACUGUCAAUGAAUUGACCGAGCUGAGAGCCGAAAUGGCGGCAUGCAGCCUUUGCAAGGGAAAACAUGCCCCACAAAAUUGUGAGACUUUUAAGAAGCUCAAAAUAAGCGACAGAUGGAAGAUUGUGAGAGAAAAGGGAGUUUGUUUCAGAUGCUUGAAGCCAAAUCAUUCUCUCUCAACUUGUAGUGAUAACGGAAAAUGUCCAAAACCUGGUUGUGGUCAGAAACACCACAAUCUUCUCCACAGAGAUGACAAGCAGCAAAUGUUCUCUCUAGCUCAGAGAGAAGAUGAGGAGAAGCUAGAUGCUUCAGAUUUCCCUACUGAGACUGAUCAGGACUCGGAUCAGGAAGAUGAAAUUUCCCCACAGAGGGGAAUUGUGAUGACUGGAGCCACAGUGGCUCAUGCCAAUACGAGUAAUAAGAUUCUCAUGAAGAUACUUCCGGUGUAUGUUACUGGACCGAAAGGUACCUUGAAGGUCUACGCCUUUUUGGAUGAGGGCUCCAUGCUGACAAUGAUGAAGGCAUCUCUAGCAGAGAAAUUGGGGCUUAGUGGACCAAAGUGCCCUCUGACGUGGCAAGGAGCUGGACCGACAGCAUGUACUGAUCUGACAUCGACUGUUGUCAACUGUAGAAUCAGAGGUACUCAUCCCAAAGCCAAGGAGUAUUUAAUGCAGAAAGUUAGGACUGUCUGUGAGUUAAGUCUCCCUAGGCAGACAGUGGAUAUGGAAGCACUGUCACGGGACUGGAAACAUAUGGCCGAUGGUCAUUCUGAAUCCAUGGUGGAUGCAGAGCCCGAUCUGCUGAUAGGGCUGGACAACACUCCCUUGAUUGUGUCACGGGAGAUUAUCCACGGACCGUGGAACGCUCCCUAUCUGGCUUUAACUUGGUUAGGCUGGGUAGUAAUGGGAAAAUUGAAUAAUCAAACCUCAUGUGAGGUAAAGACCUACUCCUACUCUAUUGUGGAACGCAAAGAUGAGCUGUCAAGAGAAGGUACUCUCUCGUGA